AGUCAGAGCGCAGUGUAAGGCUUAGUGUGUGUGUGUGUGUGUGUGUUCUCAGCUGCCGCGCGCUGUGUUCAGGCGGUGUUUCCUCCCGCGGGUCUGAUUCUGUACAGGACAGGUGCUGUGUGACAUGCGGUGUGUUCUUGAGUGUCACGAUGAGCGUCUCAGAGAGCAAAAGCGCCACAGACGUGUCCUACAUUCUGCAUGUUCAGGUGAGUGCGUCCCUCGGGAAACGUCCGUCCUGCACGGUCAGGGUGCGAAAGGCCACCAGGGCGGCGCUGGUGGUGGAGAGGAUCGCUGAGCUGCUCGAGCUCGACUCGUUACAGCCGUACGAACUGGUGGAGGUGAGGGAAGGCGCAGGGUACGAACAUGUCCUCGGGAUGGACGACUGUCCUGUGGACCGCCUGCUGCUUUGGCCUGAGGGACACGAGGAACAUGGUUACUAUUUUACCUUCCAGCAUGGCAAACACGACACAUCGAGGUGCGAGGACGUGAAGGACCUGUGCGGCCUCGCCGUACUUAACGAGACCAGUAUUCUAGAAACCCUGCGCUGUCGGUUCUACAAGAACCAGAUCUACACAUACGCCAGUAACAUCCUCAUCACCGUCAACCCCUUUAAGUUCCUCCCCAUCUACAACCCCAAGUAUCUGCAGAGAUAUGAGAACUGCAUCCUGGGAAAAGUGGAUCCUCACAUCUUCGCUAUAGCGGACGCAGCGUUCCGCGCCAUGCUGAGCAAACGGACCAAUCAGUGCAUCGUCAUCUCUGGAGAAAGUGGCUCGGGGAAAACGCAGAGCACCAACUUCCUUAUCCACUGCCUGACCGCGCUGAGCCAGAAGGGCUUCACCAGUGGCGUGGAGAGGACCAUCCUAGGAGCUGGACCAGUGCUGGAGGCGUUCGGGAACGCAAAGACGCCGUACAACAACAACUCGAGUCGCUUUGGCAAGUUCAUCCAGGUGAAUUUCCUGGAAGGUGGAAUCGUUAGAGGAGCUACGAUAGAGAAGUACCUCCUGGAGAAAUGUCGCCUCGUGUCCAGGAAGAGCAGCGAACGAAACUAUCAUGUGUUUUAUUACCUGCUUGUUGGAGCGUCUCAGGAAGAAAGAGAAGAAUUUAAACUGUUAGAACCUGAAUAUUAUCACUACCUCAAACAGGAUGAGGCUGAUGUGGACGACGCAGCUGAGAGCCAGAGUGAGUUUAUUCGACUGCAGCAGGCGAUGGAGAUGGUGGGCUUCCUGCCUGCUACCAGGAAACAAAUAUUCUCCGUGCUCUCCGCGAUCCUGCACCUGGGAAAUGUGACGUACGAGACGGGGUCAGACGGAGACGGGGUGACCGUGGGACCUCCAGACGUCCUUCAUACUCUGUCUGAGCUGCUUAAGGUGAGAGAGGAUCUUCUAGUUAAGGCUCUGACUCAGAGGAAAGCUCAGACAGCCAACGACGUCCUCGUGCUGCGCUACAGCCUCAGUGAGGCGAUUACAGCGCGAGACUCGAUGGCUAAAUCUCUGUACAGCUCACUGUUUGACUGGAUCGUCCUCCGCAUUAACUACGCCCUCCUCAACAAGAGAGACAUGGAGGAGGCUGUGCCGUGUCUUUCCAUCGGUGUGUUGGACAUCUUUGGCUUCGAGGAUUUUAAGACCAACAGCUUCGAGCAGUUCUGCAUUAAUUACGCUAACGAGCAGCUACACAACUACUUUAACCAGCACAUCUUUCUUCUGGAACAGAGGGAGUAUACGUCGGAGGGAAUCAGCUGGACCCCAGUGGGCUACACGGAUAACGUUGGCUGCAUCGAUUUGAUCAGUAGGAAGCCCACAGGUCUGCUGUACCUGCUGGACGAGGAGAGCAGUUUACCGCAGGCCACUGAUGGCACGCUCUUGGAGAAGUUUAAACAGCAGCAUCAAGAGAACAAGUUUUUUGUUUCUACAGCGGUUCUGGAGCCUGCCUUCAUCAUCAAACACUACGCCGGCAAAGUUAAAUACCAGAUAAAGGAUUUUAGAGCAAAAAACACGGACCACAUGAGGCCCGACAUCGUGGCUGUGCUCCGCAGUAGUGAGAGAGGAUAUCUCAGGUGGUUAAUCGGCUCAGACCCUGUUGCAGUGUUCAGAUGGGGGAUCCUUCGGGCCACCGUACGCGCAGUAUAUGCCAUUAAAGGGGCGGGGCGACGCUGGGCUUCUGAACAUCCAGUAAGGCGAUACUCCCGUAACACGCUGACGGAGCUGAGAAGACCGAGCUCCGCCAUUGGCCGACUGAUGAGUCAGCAGUCUCUCCUCGAUUUCUCCUUCGACCACUCUGAGGAGAACCCUCUCGAGGUUUUAGAGGACGUUUUCGCUACAUACGAGAAUAAGAAGAAAAGCCGAUCCGGGAGACAGAAACAGAUCAUCCCCAAGAACCUGAUGGACUCUCGCUGCCUGAAGCUCAUCGUGGAUCUGAAUCUUCACAACAGUGACACUCGCUCCUUAUUACACCUGCACAAGAAGAAGAAACCUCCCAGCAUCGGCUCCCAGUACCAGGCGUCCCUGGUGAAGCUGUUGGACACUUUGAGGAGAGCCGAUCCAUUCUUUGUGCGCUGCAUCAGGUCCAAUGCUGAGAAGAGAGAAAUGCACUUUGAUGAUGAGCUCGUCCUUCGACAGUUGAGGUACUCGGGCAUGUUAGAGACGGUCCUGGUCAAGAGAUCAGGUUACGGGGCCAAGUACACUUUCGAGGAGUUCCAAGAUGAAUUCAGGAUCCUGUUGCCGAAACAGUCGUCUUCCCUCCAGGGGGACAUCGAGAAGCUUCUGCUCAGGUCCACAGCAGAUAAGAACAACUUCCAGAUCGGCAAAACCAAGGUUUUUUUGAAGGAGGCGGAGAGACAGAAGCUGCAGGACUUAAUGCACCGGGAGGUGAUGCGGAGGAUCCUCCUGCUGCAGCGUUGGUUUCGGGCGUGUCUCACACGCAAACACUUCCUGAUAAAAAAGCGAGCCAUCAUCAUGGUACAGAGGUCAUGGCGAAGUUAUCGAGUGUCGACGCAGUACAGAGCCGCCUCUGUGAUCCAGAAGGCCUGGAGAGAAUCUCACGAGAGAGCCGAGUACGUGCGCCAGAGAGCGAGUCUGAAGAAACUGCAGCAGCUGAAACGGAGCUCUGAGAACCGCAGGCGUCAGCCAGAGGAGCAAGUAAGUAGGGCGGAAGGUGUUAAGGGCACUUCAGGAAGUGAUGACAUCCGGAACGGGAUGCUGAUGCCACGCCCUGACGGUAAAAUAAGGCCCCUGCCGCCGGUACCGCCCCAAACGUCGGGGGGGAACGAGCAGGUCCAGAACCGGGCCUGCGUCCCGGAGCGCAAAGAGAUAUUUGAGGACGAGGAGACAGACAGACGCACACAGGUCCCUGCGGCUCCGCCCCGUCCCGACCCUCUGACCGACCCGAAAACAGACGACGGACAGGGCAUGCUGACGCUGCAACGCUCCAAACCCGCCAAUAUGAAGGAGAAAGUGGAGAAGUGGAGAGAGAGACGGAGCGACAUUGUGGUUCCAGACAGAACGUACCUCGAGAACCGCAGGAUGAAAGACUUAAAGGCUCGAGGAAUCUCAAUAUCUCUGGAUAAUCUGAGCAAACUCAGCUCAUCUGAUUCAGACAACACGUCUCCGUCUCACCCCGAGGUGACGCUGCGUAGACGCAGACACUCGAGACACAGGCGGCGACUGGCCCACGCUCGCAGCGGCCUCAUGCUGAAAGGCUCGGAUCAGAGUGAGGAUUACUGGAUUUUCCCGCUUCCUCCCUUCAGCCCGGGCGACUCGUUUCGGUCCAGCGCCCCCGUGGUGCUCGAGAAAACCGAGUUUGAUGGAUCAAAGCCGAGUGUGAUUCAGAGCGGGGGUGAAGCCACGCCCUCACAGCAAGUCGCUCCAGAAAGAGGAGGGUUCUUCGGGCGGUAUUUCCCUCUGGGCCACAAGAAGCGUCUCACUCCUCAGGACGGGAACGUGACGAUGGCCAGGACCCUCGCCGAGAGGGAGGAGCACGUUAAGAGGUCGAACAGUAACUCCCCCACGGCUUUGUCUCCGUCCUCACUCAACAAGCGAAAACGUCAGAGCAUUAAGAUCAGCCGCGGGACUCGAGUCCAGGAGCAGAGCACUGACUCCCUUAACCGCCAGGUCACCAACGCUAUGGAGCUACGCCACCUCGACGAGUUCCUGGGAAAUCAGAUGAAUGAUCUACAGUCCAGGGCUAAGUCUCUCUCAGAAACGGAGGUGAUUUUCUUUACGGCCACAACACAGUUCAGAGACACAAUUAAGAGCAUGUACUCGCUCUCGAACCCUCAGAUCAGUUAUCAGGGUCUGCUGCAGGGAUAUAAAACUAAAGUGUCGAGUUUAGCUGCGCAGAAGAAGAAGGACGAGGUGCCUCUGGUGGUGAAUCUGUUCCAGACAGUGCUGGACGGCUUCAUCAGAGCCGAGAUUAAACGCGCCUCAUCAGAGUUCGACCUCAGCAAGCCCACCAAAAAGAUGAAGAGGAUGCGGGAGAACGACAAGUGUCCUGACAGUCCCCUGGAUCACGUGUUCUGUACGUACCAAGUCACCAUCGUUCAGUCAUGUGACAUGUGCGGCUCAUUCAUCUGGGGCAUGGAGAAAGCCUGUAUGUGCAGUGUGUGUAAGAUGGUGUGUCACAGGAAGUGUUUAAGCAAGAUAAUAACACACUGCUCUAAACAUGGGGAGAAGAAGACUGAAGCAAGUAAAGUCACUGUGUACUUUGGGGUGCACUUGCCCACUCUGACCAGCGGGGCGGAGCUGGUACCCUGUGUGCUGGAGAGGAUGUUGGCGCAUGUGGAGAUGAAUGGACUCUACACUGAGGGAAUCUACAGAAAGUCAGGCUCCACCCUCAAGGCUAGAGAACUCCAUCAGCUGCUGAACACAAAUCCUCAGAGUGCCUGUCUGGAUAAUUAUCAGAUCCACACAGUUACAGGUCUGAUUAAGUCCUGGUUAAGGGAGUUACCUGAACCUCUGAUGACCCUGAACCUCUACAACGACUUUCUGUAUGCGGCUGACAUGCCAGAGACCUCAGAGAGACUGAGAGCCAUCUACAGGAAGGUAGAGGAACUUCCUGCUCCGAACUACAGCACGCUGGAGCGUCUCAUCUUCCACCUGGUCAAAGUGGCGAGGGAGGAGACUCAUAACCGGAUGUCUGCUAACGCUCUGGCCAUCGUGUUCGCCCCGUGUGUCCUGCGCUGCCCCGACGUCUCCGACCCGCUGCUCAGCGUCAAAGACCUGCCCAAGACCACGCUGUGUUUGGAGGUGUUGAUCCUGGAACAGAUGAAGCGAUAUGAUGAGAAGAUGAAAGAGAUCCAGCAGCUGGAACACGCCGAGGCUCUGGCAGUAAAACAGCUCACACUGCGUAGACAGAACACGGUGAUGGAGAACCCGCAGGGAAAAGUGGACAUGUCUCGGAUGGACAGCUUGGACAUGGAGAACACGCUGCUAGAGAGAAUCCGUUCCAUAAAGCACGAGAAGAAUAAGCUGGCCUACAUGCUGCCGGACCUGGACGGUUCUGAUAACGACAACCUGGACUGUGAAAGCACAGUGAGCGCUGAGAGUCCUCUCGAGGACAAAAUCACUUACCUUGACUUGGAAGGUCAGCUGAGUGCAAUGGAGCCUCCAAAGCUUCCUGAGGAGAACACUCACAGGCAAGGCAGCGCUCAAACUACGCGUGUCAUCCAAGAUGGCCGCGAGGAUUCAAAACUGAGUGGACGCUUCACUGACCUCGACAUCCCCUUUAUAGAUGAUGACGUUUAGCAUACAGUGCAGUCACUGUACCACCACAGGACACGUGCAAUAUUGUUAGCAUCGUUUACAGACCAGAGUUAGCCAAGUGUACCUAAGCUAACAGUUUCCUUUGAGCUCAUUUACAUAUUUGUGUUGAGAUUUUGCCAGAGGCUGUCGCCUUGGUUAGGAUUAAGCGAAGUGUUUCCCCAGACAGGAUAGCAGGAGCUAAAUCUAAUAGCUAGCUAAUUGUUGAAAUAAUUAUUAAAGUAACUAAUAUUCAAUAAAAAAUGCCCUAACAACAUUAUUCACAAAGAACCUUCUGGACUGUUAGAACAUGAACUGAUUGUUUGCCAACUGCUAGCUAGCAUUUGUUAGUUAGUGAGCUAGCUAAACAGAGCUACAGACGAGCAGUGGGAAUGUUUCUUGGUGCGCUACGGCUAAUCCGUUAAAGGAGAGUUACCUCACGCUAGCAGUAAAGACAAAAUGAAAAACUUUACUUUUUUAAAAAUGAAAUUCCUGCAGAAACGCGCUAAUAUUGCUAACGUCACUACGCAGCAAACACACCAGGGAACACUUUAAAUGUGAGGGAAUGAGAUUAUUCAAUUAGAGUUUUAAUAAAGCGUAAAUGUUGUGUGUGUGUGUGUGUGUGUGUAUAUAUAUAUAUAUACACAGGGGUUUUAGAGCAGACACCAGACGCUCUUCCUGUGUAGAAAUCCUCACACUCGUCUGUUUGGUUUUUUUUUAAUAAAAGUUCGCAUUCUACACUCACACUGCGUCUUAAAUCACACACUCGCGCUACUGAGCGCUAACGCUAACCAUGACUCCUGAUACAGGUAGUGUUUGAGCUGUAAAUUCCUCUCAGGUCACCUUCACACACUCUCUCCUCCUGAACGCGUGUGUUUUGUUCUCCAGCCUGCCGGUGAUAAGGCCGAGGUCACGGGGACGAGAAAACGUUUUGCUCCGAAACCUGACGAGCAGGAUGUUUCACAUGCCUCUGAAAUCAUCAGUGUAUUCUGUAAAGGACACACACACACAUACACACAGAGUACAGCGUUCACACGUUACCAGGACGCGGCGGAGGCUGGAGGAUCGCUCCCUGACCUUAAGAACUCCUCUGAUUGUGUUUGUUGCGUAACGACGUCACCAGCGACGCGACUUCCUGUUUCAUAUUGUAUUAUUUCACUCCUCUGAGCAGAGUGUGUUUAAUGACAGAUUACUGAACAAAGUCUCAGAGUGGGGGUCAGAGUUUAUACUGAGUGUGUGUUCCUCAGGUGUUACUAUUAGAGCUCGUACAAGUUUAUUAAGAAAAAGAGAACGUUUUAAUGAAACAGAUUAGAGUCGGAAUGUUCGUCUGUCUAUCAUUAUUAUAAAAAAUAAUGAUGUCCUGUGAGUGUGUGUGAGUGUGUGUGUGUGAGAAUAUCAUCUAUCCUUGAGCUUCUUUCUCUUUGGUGUGUUAAGUUUAAUCCACAAACAUCUGUAAAUUCAUCUCCCUCUUCCUCUCUCUCUCUCUUUCUCUGUAUAUUAUGGAAAAUAAAUCUUUGUAGCGUCA